CACAGCAGCAGACGGCUGUACAGUUUAGUAGUUCGUGUCAUGCGUUUGUACGGUAUUAUGUUGCGUUUUCUGUGUAAUGUAUAAGUGAUUUGAUGGUGGAGACAGGACAUCACGGAAAGACGCAUAUUGAGUGUGUGGAUUAGGAGAGCACUCAUGGACUCCAAGGGAACUAGUUGGCUGAAAAAAGAGAAGAAUGAAGUAUAUGCUGAACCAGGCUCCUUGGUUCAGUUACACACAUGUACCAUGAAAGUAAAAGAAGAAUUGGAUGAGCAAGUGAAAAAACAGGUCCUCACUGUAUUCCACAACAUUCCUCAUACUGGGUGUAUUGGCUGUUGCAUCAUGUUUGAUCACCUUACAAGUUUCUUCAAGAUCCACCAAGGAUUGUAAUGCCUAGUCUUCGUAUAAAGCAAGACCUAGAACUGAAACGGGAUUUAGAUGGCAUUGAGCAUGAUGUAAGUUUUCACAUCAGUGAUGCAUUGUGCAUGAAGUACUGUAUGAAUAUCAUGAAAUGCAUUUGGUGCAGUAAAUUCCAGUGAUCAUAAAUGAUGAAUCAUUAAAACCUAGGAUAUGAGCACUUCUCCAGAAUUUUUAUAGUAUUUCAGUUGACUGUAGGUAUAUUGUUCUGUUGUGUGUAAUGGUAUUUGAAUGAAACUUGUACGAAACAUAAGUUUAUUAACUG